AUGGACUCGCCCAUGACCCUAACUAGACCGAAUAUGGACGAGACGAUCGAAUGCUGGGAUGACGACGAUGACUUGCAACUCAAUGAUGCUAUUCAUUUCCGUACUGCAUCUAGUGCUGGAUCUAUCGCCAACUCUUCGGUUCGGCCGUCCGGACAUCGUGAUUCCAUAUCAUCUCGGCGGUCUGCCCGCUCAGAUCUCGAGUCCAACGCUGGAGAUGAGGAUUGGCAGGUUCUUUUGCCCGACAAUGAUGAGUUUUCCAAAGAAGAAGCUCUUGCCUCGGCCAAGAACGCGGGGAUUCCUCUUCCUGCGGACAUCCCAAGUUCUGCUCUUCUCGGAGGUGCUAUCAAACGCUUGUCGGCUCGGAAGACAAAAAGGACAUUCGUUGAUGACUGGUCGGAUGAGGUGGAACUCCCAGGGCCGGACGCAGUAUUGGAGCUCAAAAUACCCCAGGACUCGCUCUUUCCAGAUACCCUACAGCAGGUCAGCUCUGCUGCCACAAGCCCCGUGAAGUCUACGGCCUCGCCAUCCUGGAAUGAAAAUAUCUCGACGCGCUUGCAGUCUGCAUUAGCAACUCUAGAUCAUUUCCAGGAUGAGAACGAUACGCCCGUCAACCAUAAUAUCCCCACUAUCAAAGCUCCGAUGCCUCGAUCUCCGCGAAAACUGGUCGUUACUGCCACUGAUGCAGGUCCUGCCGGGAAACAGGAAGAUGAAGACUUUGACCAAGACCUCGAACUACCUCCUGACCAUAAACCUCUUCAACUAACCCGCCGAAAGGAUUCUACUGGUGUUUCCAGCCCUACCCUAGAAGACUUUGACUUCGAAUGGUCUGAAGGUAGCAUAGGUGUUCGAGUUGGUGGUACCGCACGAGAUGGACGUUCAGUUCCAAGCUCCACCAUGUCAAUUGCAAGCCCCAGUGUCUCCAGCUGUAUCACCGGAGGAAGCGAGGACGAUGGACUGGACGGUCUCGUGUUUCCCGACGGACCUGUGGAUUUCAAUGCUUCUCUCAAGAAACGGCACGACAGCCAGGCUACAGAUGUUCCAUUUGCGGCUGGGGAGAGCCAAGACGCAUCACAUUCCUGGGAUGCAGACGACUUCUUCUCUGGAAUUGAGGUCGACAAUGGCGGAGCAUUCGCCUCCGGGAAGUUGUCAUUGAAUCCCAACGUCAAAUGCAAGACAGAAUGGCCGGCAAGUCCCACACGCCGGUCAGCAACAACCUUAACCUUCACCAACGGAUCAGUCGCAAACACAUCAGAUUCUCCGCGAACCCGUAUUCCACGUUUAUCCGGUCAUGACCGUGCUCAUUCCACCCAUCUCGAAACUGUAUCCGAAAGUGGUGCACCGCUUUCCAAAUUCCGAAGAUCGCAAUCUCGACUCGGACAUUCAGCUCAAUCGUCCAUUUCUAGUGUACCGGCGACUGAUACACCGUCGAUAUCCCCAACGCCAGUGACUUCCGGCCGGCGGAUCAUCGGUCAACGGUCUCCCAGAGACCCUGUGGCAGCUGGAGAGUUCAAGGCACCCGGCAGACAUCUACGAACAAAACUGUCUAUGCCUGUCGUACGUGGAGUGGGCGGCACCACAUUGGCACAGCCUGCCCAACGAUCAUCUUCUCACCCGGAUGGGCCCGUUCGCCCAGCCUCCUUUAGCAGACCUAAGACUCCCGUUGAGCGCAUCUCCAACGAGGGAAGGCCUUUGGUGACUAGUCGUCGAGCACAAGCCUCGUUUAUUCAGCCAGGGUCAUCAGAGCGACAAUCCCAUCACACCAGUGUGAGGAGCUACCGCCCUUCCCGCCGCACCAACUCAGACGGCUCCGGCGAUCUUCUCAGUCCGCAGGGCACUUUGAAUCGUCUGUCACGGCCGAGUCGCCCGGAGGCUCACCGUCUCAGCUUCGGUGACUCCGGCACAGAAAUUAGCAGCUCAACAGCAAAGCGUACACUUACUCGACCAGCCAAACGACGGAAUUUUGGCGAUGGUACUGAGUUGGAAUCCUUUGACGAUCUGCCUACGUCCGCCUCUACCGAAAGCAGGUUUAUCAAGAACCCUGCUGGUAAAGGCGCUCCAAGAUCUGUGCGUACCAGGCUCAGUCAGAGCCGUUUUACUCCGCCUAUUGACUCUCCAACCCAAUCCUGCACACCACCCUCAACAUCCAGGUCAAACCCAACGCCAAGGUUUGCUCGCGACACCAAUGCAUCCCGCAAUGCGAGGGAGCAACGCAUUGCCUCCAUGAAUUCCAAGAGCCGCGACUCGAACCCGCUUGCUUCUUUCAACUCCAAUUGGAAGACCCAUCCUAUUUCCCGUAUAUCCCCGAGCUCAGCCCCUGUCCGGAGCCGGAAACCCAGGCCCCCGACAAAAUCAACAUCCAAGCCUCACUUAAUCAAGCCGAUAGGAUCAGGGGUACAGGAGUCCAAAUCUGUGAGGGGCAUGCGGUAUAAUCCGACAACUUUCCUCUGGGAGGGAAACGAGAAUUUGAUGCAAGAUUUUGACAUUUCUACGGGUCCCAAAUCACCUAAGCCCGCCCCGGCCCUAAUCACCAAUGUCGGUACCGUGCAAAAUGUUCAGGCAGUCGGCGGGAUGAUAUUUGAUCCGCACCGCAUGUGUUGGCUUAGAGCAGCAUCCCAUGAGGCUGGGAACCAAGACGGAGUCGUGCCCGAGGACGAAGAUGACGUUUUUGCCGGCUUGGAUGACUUAGAAGACAAGACUGUCGGGACUACUGGGCGAACUUCCGGAGCCCUGGAAGACUUCAAGGCUCAUACCGUCGGCGAAGAUCCGAGUGCCGGCGAGUCUUCCGACGAAGGUCCCAUUACGGAAGAAUUCGAUGUUGGCCCGGAGUUCAUUCGACGACAACGGGCCGAGGAAGAGAAGUGGAGGCGGAAGGUGGACAGGUGGAUUGGGUCUGAUCACGGAGACCGCGGUACCCGUUGGCGAUGGGCCAUCCGUGACCUGGUGGCCGAUGACACCGGAUAUCCCGCGGCCUAG